UUGAAGGUGUACGAUAGAAAAUGUCAUGUUAUUUUCUGAAUAGGUGAUCAAGCCUAGAUCACGCUUCAAAUUUUUGUUCUUUCAAUUGGAACCGAUCAACAUGCCCAAGAAAUUUGUCGGUGAAAAUAGCAAAGCUGUCGCUGCUAGGGCGAGAAAGGCAGCGGCAAAGGAAGCCGAAAACUCAAAGAAAGCUUUGGAAGCAGAGGAAAAAGCUUGGCAAGAUGAUGAUAAACAGUUACAGAAGAAAAAACAAAAACAGGAAGAACAAGAGAAGAAACGACUGCAGCAAUUAGAGAAAAAAGCAGAGGUGAAAGCUCUGCUUGAAAAGGAAUUGGCAACUAUUAAAGUGGGAGCUAAACAACCCACCGCAAAGAUUACCAAAGCUGAAAUUAUGGCUGCAACAGAAAAACGGAAUCAAGUAGCAAUGAAGAAGAAGGAGGAAGAAAAACCACUCGAGGAGAAUUUAAAUAGAUUGACAAUUGAAGGGGAAACAGCACAUGGUAUAGAUGAAGCUUUAACUAUUUUAAGUACAAAGGAUCCAGAAGUUGAUCGUCAUCCGGAGAAGCGUAUGAAAGCUGCAUAUGCCAGUUUCGAGGAGAAGAUGAUGCCUAUUAUUAAGGAACAAAAUCCUACAUUAAGGUUAAGUCAAUUAAAACAGAUAUUGAAGAAGGAAUGGAUGAAAUCUCCAGAAAACCCACUCAAUCAAAAAUUACUCUUGAAUCGCUGAUAUUACUGUAUCGUCGGAACACAGCAAACGUGCAUAACGACUGAGUAGAUGACU